AGCCACUGGAUCCAAAUGAAAGUCCUUGUUGAAGCACUUUCCUCUAAAGGCCACAACAUCACCGUGCUUCGCCCAGUAGACAGCUGGUUCAUCAAGGAAUCACCGAAUUAUACAACUAUUAACAUACCGGCAAUGAGCUCCAAUGAGAAGAUCAUGACCGAUUUUGCUGCUAAAAUGACUAAGAUGAGCCUCGAACCAUUUUCUGUAUGGGAAUACAUCAACAGAGUAUCUGAGGUUUUAAAUUACUUUUACCAAAAACAUCAAAGUGUAGUAAAUGUGGUUAGGGAAAUGUUUGAGAAUAAUACUUUUAUGCAGGAACUGAGAGAGGCGAAAUUUGAUCUAGUUUUGACCGAUCCGGCAGUUCUGUCUGGGGUUCUUAUGGCCCACCGCUUGGAGUUACCUCUGGUGCUAGUGGCCAGGUGGACUAUGGCAGGAGAUGGGCAUUCUUUAAUUGCACCUUCCCUUUUAUCCUAUAUACCGAUGCCAUCCAUAUUUACUGAUAAAAUGACCUUUUCAGAAAGAGUCAAAAAUAUGUUGCAAUAUUUCCUGAUUAAUUUACAAAUUUUAAAUGUCCUUGACUCAAAUUAUAAUCCCAUAGUCCAGCACUACUUUGGAUCUGAUAUACAAUACUCAGAGUUGGUCCAAGCUGCCGAUAUUUGGCUCAUGAGGAUAGACUUUACCUUUGAAUUCCCCCGUCCCACAAUGCCUAAUAUUGUUUACAUCGCUGGAUACCCAUGCAAACCCCCCAAACCUCUACCUCACAACCUGGAAGACUUUGUGCAAAGCUCGGGGGAACAUGGAGUUGUCAUUAUGUCUUUAGGAACUUUGGUAGCUCAACUUCCUGAUCAUGUUGUUGAAGAAAUUGCUGCUGCAUUUUCAAAGCUACCACAAAAAGUUAUCUGGAGGCAUAAAGGCAAGAGACCUGUCAAUCUUGGUAAUAAUACUUUGCUUUCGGACUGGCUUCCUCAGAGCGAUCUUCUUGGACAUCCGAAAACAAAAGUGUUUGUGGGGCACGGAGGAACGAACGGAAUCCAAGAAGCGAUUUACCAUGGCGUUCCUCUUGUUGGUUUACCUCUUAUGCAUGAUCAACGGGACAAUUUUGGGAGAAUGGAAGUGAGAGGGGUGGCUAAAGUUUUGGACAUCGCAACGUUGAAUAGAGACAACUUCCUCCAAGCUCUCCAAGAGGUUUUAUACAACCCCUCCUACAGAGAGAAGAUGAAGAUCCUCUCCAAAAUACACAGAGAUACUCCACUGAAUCCACUGGACACUGCAGUUUUCUGGGUUGAGUUUGUCAUGAAGCACAAAGGAGCGAAACAUUUGAGAAGCGAAUCAUACAAACUCUCCUUUCUCCAAUAUCACUGCAUAGAUGUGAUAGUGUUUCUGAUAGUGGUGACUUUAUUGUGUGUAGCUGUUGUUGUUGCAGUGCUGAAUUGUCUGUGGAGAUUGAUUUGUAACAAAGGAAAACUCAAAAAGCAAUAA